AUGGACCGCCCGCGAAAGCGCGAGUUGCUCUCGCUCAACCAGCGUGCAUGGGAUGGCGAACUAGAUGUCCUCCCCGUUAGCCCGCCUCUCGACCCUUCUCUAAGGAAAAAUACUGCUUUUAUCAAGCGAUUGCGAACUGCUAUCACUCCUGCGACCUUGAACACGUUCCUACAAGAUAUACGAACCCUGAGUCUCACCAAAUAUUUAUCCGAGAUUAUUUCAGCGUGUUAUGAAGGAUUAAGCAAGCUAAAGACCCCCGGGGAAAUCGAUGCGGCUGUCGAGAUUGUCAGCGCCCUCCAUCAACGAUUUGGCCCUUCCGAGUUUACCGAGUAUUUAGGAUGGCUGCUUGGCAAGGGAAUGGCUACGCCAGAUAAGAGUCUAUUAAAGUCACUGGCCCCUGAGGUUCGCGAAAAGGAAGAGAAGGAACGUCUUGUCCGACAACGAGCUCUUCUAAGAGUAAUUACCGAACUAUGGCUUGUGGGUGUCCUACGAACCCUUGACGAUGUUAAACCAGAUGAUGCUACACGUAGUGCCAACGGAAAGAAUGCCGAGUUGAAGAUUAAAUCGACCAGUUCUACUAAAGGUGGUGGGGCUGAGCCAUUUCCUCUUGAAGUACUUAAGGAUCUUCUAGGCUAUGAUCGAGAGCAUGUGAAUUUGCCCCUUUUAGUUAUUUUCGUAAAAUCUUUUGGUUGGGAUAUCCUAGGAGUUAAAUCUGCCGGAUCAGAAGGCCGCAAGACUGUGGAAGAAGAUGGUGCCACUAAAUCGACAGAAAAUAACGCUGAGCGAACCGAAGGUCAAGAAGAAGCCGGCGAAGCCGAUUCCGAUGACACUCCAUUUGCUAGCUCCGAGCUGCGUGAGCGAUUCAGAAAUAUCCUAAAACGCUAUUUUGAUGAUGUCAAAGCCCAUCUCGUGCGGGAUCAAAAAAACAUUGUUACGCAGCGCGGCAGGAACUCAGAGGCAUACGUCAAGUCUGGUGAAGUAUUCGAGGAUCGCCAAGCUAAUUUUGAGCGGCAGCUAAAAGCUCAAGAACGCCUAGUCAGCAAUGCUCAAGUUAUAGCCGAUGCGAUUGGUGCCGAGAUGCCAGAUCUAAAGGAAACUGGCGAUGGCUUCUCGGCCACCAAUGGCGCUAUUGGCUUAGUCAAGACCGGCGAGUAUCUUCGCGGACAGAGUGAGGGUGCAGGUAUCUGGGAAGACGAAGAUGAGCGCCGCUUCUAUGAAAACUUAGUGGAUCUGAAAGGCAAGGUACCUGGUAUAUUGCUUGAGGAUGGCAAAAAAAAGAAAACCGAUACGGACGAGCAGGUUGGCAAGAGAGCUGAAUCUACUGAAGCUACAGAACCAUCUAAAUCUUCGGAAAUAAACGACGAUCAGUCAACUGCGAUCGCCAAUAAGACCAUUGGCGCGCAGGUAGACGUACUACUAACUCGAUUACCAGAGCUUACGCAUAAGGAUGUAGUCGAUCAAGUGGCUAUCGACUUCUGUUUCCUGAACUCCAAGGCAUCCAGAAACCGCCUUAUCAAAGGGCUUACCGAAGUACCCAAAGGUCGGACGGAUCUCCUACCGUUUUGGUCCCGUCUCAUAGCUACCCUUGGCCGAUAUAUGCCUGAUGUCCCCAAAGGCGUAGUGGAGUAUCUUGAUGCGGAAUUUCGCAGUCUCCAGCGGCGAAAGGAGAAAGAUUUUCUCGGACAAGUGCGAUUGAGCAAUAUCCGAUACUUGGCUGAGCUCACGAAGUUCGGUAUCGUGCCCGAGCAUGUCGUUUUUCACUGCUUGAAAGUCAGCCUUGACGAUUUCUCCAGAAUGAAUAUCGAGAUUAUCUGCAACCUCCUGGAGAAUUGUGGCAGGUACCUGCUCCGCAACGCUGAUACCUCGCCUCGCAUGGCAACCUUCCUAGAGACUCUCCAGCGCAAGAAGUCUGUGCAGCAUAUAGGUCAGCCAGAGCGUAUGCUUAUUGAGAACGCAAUAUAUUAUGUCGAUCCACCGGAGAGAGCUUCGAUUCAGCAAAAGGAGCGAACUCCUACAGAGUUGUUCAUCCGCAAACUAAUUUAUGUUGACUUAACGAAGCGUAAUUAUACCAAGGUCCUUAAGCAGAUCCGUCGACUCCAUUGGGAAGAAUCCGAGGUAGUAGCUAUCCUCACGAAGGUAUUUUCAAGGCCUGCCAAGGUCAAGUAUGGCAGUAUCCAUAUCCUUGCAAUACUUCUUAGCGCCAUCUACCGCUAUCACCCAGAUUUUACGGUUACGGUGAUCGAUAAUGUUAUCGAAUCUGUGAUAUUCGGGCUAGAACAGAAUGACUUCAAGUUCAACCAGAGGCGCAUUGCAGAAGUGAAGUAUUUGGGUGAGCUUUAUAACUACCGGAUGUUAGAGCACCCCGUAAUCUUCGACACAAUGUAUAAAAUCAUGACAUUUGGUUACAACGGCGUACCUGUCCCAGGCCGAUUUAACCCUUUCGAUUUACCUGAUGACUACUUUAGAAUUCGCUUGGUAGCUACGAUGCUCGAGACUUGUGGCAUGUUCUUCAAUCGAGGCGCUGCAGGGAAGAAGCUCGACUACUUCUUAUCAUUUUUACAGUACUACAUAUACACAAAGCAGCCUCUCCCUAUGGACAUUGAGUUCAUUGUCCAGGACACUUUCUCUCUCACUAGACCACAGUGGAAGCUGGCAACUACUCUAGAGGAAGCCACUAAAGCGUUCCAACUUGCAGUGGCGCAGGACCAGAAGAACGCCGGCUUAGACAAGAGCGUCGACCAAGAUGAGGCUUCUAGUGGUGCUUCUUCUGAAGAUGAGGGCGAUGGUGGCGAAGGUGAUGGCGAUGGAGAUAUCGUGCUCCCGGAGGCCGAUGGGGAUGACUCGGAACUCGACGACGAUGAUGAUAUUUUCGAGGAUGCGGAGACCCAGCUGCACUCUCCUCAGGAUGAGUCGGAAGAGGAGGCCAUAGUAGUGACGAGGAAAGCCGAAGAGAUUGAUCCCGAGGACGAGGCGGAUUUUGAACGUGAGUACGCAAAGAUGAUGGCUGAGAGUUUAGAGUCCCGUAAAUUCGAUCGUAAACCGUUAUUCGAUGUUCCGCUACCAGUCCGACCCAAAACUCGCGAUAUUUCCUCGACUACAGACACAGAUGGUGCAAACGGAGAGAGUGCACCCAGCACAAUGGCCUUCUCUCUGUUAACAAAGAAAGGCAAUCGUCAACAGACACGAACCGUCGCACUUCCUUCGGACUCGACCUUUGCAGUUGCCAUGAAGACGCAGCAGCAAGCAGAACGGGAGGAGCAACAACGCAUCAAAAAUCUGGUGCUAAAUUAUGAUCUUCGUGAGAAUGAAGAUCCUGAUGGUCACGACAAACCAUCUUCGUAUUACACCGGCCGCUCAGACAAGUCCGGCAGAGACCGUGGCGGACAACGCGUCCGUAGGUUACAACUUAGCGAUGUUGACUGGUAUGGAAACUCCAAAGACCAGAAGGUCGAACAAAAUGAUUCAAACCACAAGGGCUCACUUGCCGGUACUGCCUCUGGAAGGGAAUCAGCUCCAGGCCGAGUGGAUGGAAGCAGUAUGAGCAAGCGUCAUAAUUCCCCAACAGAUUCCCGAUCCCGCCCACGAAAUCGGCGAGGCCGUGGAAAGCACUGA